AUGAUAGUGUUGUGUUUGAGCAAUUUACUUUUAAACGAACAUAUUUAACGAAAGAGGACAUAUUCUGUUAUUUUACAGUGAAUGAUUAAAUAAUUGGGAAUACAUUAACACAGACGAAUUUAUUACACAUAAAAGAAAAAUAACUGUAUACAGUUGGAAGUUGAUAUAAAUAAUUCUAAUUUAUUGUUCAAAAAGUGCCAAAGGAAAUUAGAAACAUGACCAGCACAUCACAAAAACAUAAAAACUUUGUUGCCGAACCAAUGGGUGAAAAGCCUGUUACGGAUCUUGCUGGAAUCGGAGAAGUUUUAGGACGCAGAUUGGAAGCUGCUGGUUUUGAUAAGGCAUAUGUAGUACUUGGACAAUACUUGGUCUUAAAGAAGAACAGGGAGUUAUUUCAAGAAUGGAUGAAAGAUGCAUGUUCUGCCAAUGCAAAACAGUCAAGUGAUUGUUACCAGUGUCUCUCCGAUUGGUGUGAAGAAUUUUUGUAAAAUAAUUAUAAAAUUAAUGUUAAUAUUGAACAAAAUGAAACUGUUACUAUAGCAGAAUAUCUUUUAUAAUAUUUUAAUGAAAAAUAUAAAAACUACUUUAGCGAAUACAACAUUUUAGACAACUUUACUGUAGCAUAAUUGGAUCAAGUGUCCAUGAAAGUGUUUUGAUAAUUUUAACAUAAUUGUAAUAUGAUUUGAUCUAAUUAUACUAGAAAACAACAGAUAUGACAAUUUUAUGCGAGAGAUUCAUGUUACUAAUAAUUUUCGGUUAAAUUUUAUUUAUUUCUCUAUAGCCGCGUUCUUAACAAAACAGGACAUUCUUUGUAUCUAUAAGUAUGUAGAAACCGUUCAG